AUGCCGAUCAAACCUGUUGGGUGGAUAUGUGGGCAGGUGUUGAAGAACUUUUCUGGAAGAAGUAUAUUGGAGGGGAUCCAGAAAGUCAUCAUGGACCUUAUGGAUGAGUUUAAAGAUGAAUUCCCUACUAUCCUAAGAUUAUCACAGUCUAAUCAGAAAAGAGAACCCAUGCAGAAAACGUCCAAAAUCAGAAUGGCUGUUGCCUUAGCAAGGAUCAACCGAGGAACACUGAUUCAAGGAUUAAACACCAUAUCCAGAUCCUCCAAGUCAGUGGCCAAACUUCUGCAUCCCCAGCUUGCUUGUAGACUUCUGGAGUUAAGGAACAUAUCGCAUCGUUUGCUGAGGGAAGUUAAUGCACCAAAACAACCCCUCUAUAACGUGCAGGUCAGAAGGGGUUCUUUGUUUGAAAUCAUUUCUUUUCCGGCAAAGACUGCUUUAACUAGCAUAAUAUGUGCUUCAUAUGCAGCACUAAUUUACCUGACAGUCUGUGUUAAUGCUGUGUUGGAGAAGGUAAAGAAAAUUUUCCAAGAAGAAGAAUCCAUAAGGCAAAAGAGAGAAGAGAAUGAAAAUCUUAGAAAAGCCUUUUCUGAGCCUGUGCUUUCUGAGCCUACAUUUCCUGAAGGUGAAAUCAAAGCAAAACCUUACAGGUCAUUACCGGAGAAACCAGACAAUAUUGCAGAUCACCCCAAACUUCCUGCUAAUAAGUUGAAUAAUAAGAUCCAGGUUUUACAUUCUGUGUUUGACCAGUCAGCUGAAAUGAAUGAGCAAAUUGGAACAUAAGUAUUACUGAGUGGAGCUUGAGAGUUAUUAUCUAAUCGCAUUUCAUCUCACAAAACCAGGAAACUAGUUUUCAUAUAUUGACUGCUCUGCUUUAAAAUGCCACUCUCAAGU